GUCUCAGGGCGUCCUCCCGUUAACUGUUUUCGGAUCUUACGUCUUCCCUUUCCCCCCCCUUCCUCUCUCCCUUUCUAGGUCGCGGAGAUGCCGCGUGUCUAUAUCGGCCGCUUAAGCUACUAUGUGCGGGAAAAGGACAUCCAGCGCUUCUUCAGCGGCUAUGGCCGCUUGCUCGAGGUCGACUUAAAAAACGGGUAUGGGUUUGUGGAAUUCGAGGAUUCACGGGAUGCGGAGGAUGCCGUUUACGAGCUGAACGGCAAGGAAUUGUGCGGGGAGCGGGUGAUUGUGGAGCACGCCCGCGGCCCCCGCCGGGACAGGGACGGCUACAGCUACAGCAGCCGCAGUGGUGGAAGAUAUAGCAGUCUGAGAACAUCAGGAAGAGAUAAAUAUGGACCACCUGUUCGUACGGAAUACAGAUUAAUAGUUGAAAACCUUUCCAGUCGCUGUAGUUGGCAGGAUUUGAAAGAUUUCAUGAGGCAAGCUGGUGAGGUAACCUAUGCGGAUGCUCACAAAGAACGCACAAAUGAAGGAGUAAUUGAAUUCCGUUCUUACUCUGAUAUGAAGCGUGCUCUGGACAAAUUGGAUGGUACUGAGAUAAAUGGGCGAAAGAUCAGGCUGGUUGAAGACAAGCCACGAUCAAGCCACAGACGAUCUUAUUCUGGCAGUAGAUCAAGGUCACGUUCUAGAAGGCGUUCACGUAGUAGAAGUCGUAGGAGCAGCCACAGUAGAUCCCGUAGUGCCUCAAAAAGCCGAUCACGCUCUAAAUCUAGGUCUCGAAGCAAAGAUCGUUCACGUUCCAGAUCUAAAAGUAGAAAGUCUAGAUCAAAGAGCAAAUCUAAAGUGAAAUCUGAGAGAGGUUCACAAUCUCGCAGCAGAUCCAAAGAGAAGUCUGAGAAGUCUCGUAGCAGAUCCAGGUCUGUGUCUCGAUCACCCAAAGAGAAUGGUAAAGGAGAAGAAAAGUCUAAAUCAAGAUCAAGAAGCAGAUCUCGUUCAAAUUCACCCCUGCAGCACCAACCUGCAAAGGCUCGUUCAGAGUCCCCACCCAAAAGAGCUGCAUCACGGUCCCGGUCACGAUCGCAUUCAAAAUCCCGCUCACGUUCAAGAUCCAGUUCACAAGAUUAAGACUGGAACUCUCUUCCCUUUUCAUGUGAUUAUGGAACAUUUUUAUGCCAGGCCAGAAGUCUUUUUAUGUUAAUAUCGGAAAAGCGGGCCUAUUUGGUUUCAGAAUGAAAAGGCCUGAAAACCAAGUACAUUUUACAAAGGUUUGAAAUACCUAAAUUUUCUGAAAGAUUGUAUAGAGGUGGCAGAGAGCAGGAAAAGAUCCUCCUUUUGUAGAAAUUAGGGCAAAUCUUUGAUUUUUUUUGUAAUAGUGUUGCAGCAGAAAUAAUCUGCUAUGGCAUGAAAAAUUGGUUUUAUAUAAAAACAUGAGUGCAGAAUGCUUUUGGGAAAGGGUAAUUCUUCCUAAACAUUUCCAUUAUUUAAAAAUUAUGGGAAGUAGUUCAAUGGGCUACGGCUUGCUUAUAAAAGUGCAUGAAAGCCUUAUUGAACUGAUCAGAGAUGCCUGUAAAGCUGAUUAAAUUUCAAGCCAAUAUUGAGUUUGAAUUGGAGCACUUCAUCUGUGCUGUACAAUAACUUGCCAAAAGUUAAUUCUCUGCUCCUUUCUCACCAUUGAGGCAGUAUUGACAAGCUAAUAAAAAUGUCCUCUAACCUUGCAUGGUGCAGUUUGCCUAAAAAGAUAAAACUAACAUGAAGUGUUGACUCAUUUGAACAAGGUUCCAGGUGCCACAUGAAUUUCUGGUUCCUGAGGUCUUCAGUUCAUUUUGUUGUCCCCUUACUGCUACAUAAGAGGUUAAAUUAAAAUUGAUGGCAACAUGGGAACUUGGAGCUAAAGUUCUAGUCUUAAUGGGUUAACUAAAACUAGACUUGCUGGUGCAAUUUACGCAACUGAAUUAGAAUCCAAUCCCAGAGUCCCUUGUAUGUAACAAAUCAGUUUAGCAACAAUAGCAGAAUAUUAGCACAGACUUGUAAUCUUUAUACAAUGUAUAGUUUAACUUGUAUAAAAUUAAAUCAGUGACUCCA